GGAGAAGGCGGAGAGACACAGGCGUAAUUGCGACCACGUAGCCGAGCACUAUAAUGAGAACGAUGGACAGCGCACUGUUACUCCACUCAUCGAUCGAUAAAGAUCCAUUGACGCUGCCGCGAGGAUGCUCCGGCAUUUCGAUCUCGACGGACUGGAUACUGACACACGGCACUGCGUUAGGCUCGUUUAUCGACAAAUCCUCCGCGAUAUCGAGCUUCGUCGCGAACUUGGUUCCGGGCGAACUCACGACGGUACCGAGAGAAUUCGCGAGCGAGUUGAAAUUUCGAGUCUAUCGCGAGCGAGGGACCGACGGCGAUUUUCGAUCGAACUCGUUUGAAGAACACCACGGUGCGAUCGUGGCCGCUUGGAGGUGUCCGCUGCUGAGGAAGACCUUCGACGAGUUCUUCGAGACGUGGAGCUUCCCCAAAUCGUCCAUCCUCGAUCGAUCGCUGCGCUCGGUUUUCCUGCUCGUCCACGUCCACGAUUCCGACGAGUCAAUUAUGGAAACGUCGUCGCUCGAACAAGCCCUGUCUUGUCUGCUGGAUCAAGUUCCGCGGAAUCUUAUCCGCGGAUCAUCCGUGGAAAUCGAGUCGACGCCCUUCGGCAAUCCCGUGUUCGCCGGCUCGGUCGCGCGCGGCGUUAUCAGCAAUGUCGUCGGUGACGAGGGCUGCGUUAUCAUGACGGACGCGUACGCGUUCCCCGGUGGCGAGGGCGGUCCCCUUUACAUCAUCCCGCCGGACUGUAAACGCAGAAUUAUCAGCGGCAUGGUAAUCGCGCCAUCGAGCUGGUGCCGCGGAGAAUGGGUGGAUUACACUUUCGCCGCGAAUCUUGCGCCGUGUGUGCUUAAUAUUUUGCGAAAGAAAAAUCCUCCUCGUUCUCCGAUCGCAUAUCACGAAAAUAUAGACGCGGCGUUAGAUAGAGGCGUUGUGCUCGUUAGAUGUGGGAUUAGUUGGGGUACAGGCGUCCUCGUGGAUAAGGAUACUGGUACAUUCCUGACAUGCUCGCACGUCGUCGCGGAGGCGUCAGAAAGGGAGAUAUCGAUCGUAAUGAGGCCGGACAAACUUAAUUCGCGUGUCGAGGCGAAGCUAUUGUACAGAACACCGGCUAAUCAACCCUAUGACGUCGCUGUAUUGAGGGUGAAUCCGCGGGACGUGGAUCCCUCGCUAAGACCCGUACGGUUGUCUCACGCUGCGAUUUUAAAGGGCGAGCCGGUGGUCUCCGUAGGAUUUCCGUUCUCCUCGUCCGUCCGACCGACCGUCAGCGGUGGCGUGGUCUCCAAGCCGAUGGACUGCGCGCUCCUGACGACCUGUUGCGUCCAGAGCGGUGCCAGCGGCGGGCCGAUCGUCAGCCGUGCGACCGGCGAAAUGCUGGGAAUGAUCGUGUGCAACGUGCUCUCCUCAGACGGCACCGUGCUCUACCCGCGGAUGAGCUUGGCGGUACCGGCCACCACGCUGAGCGGGCCCCUGCGGGAAUACUUGCGCACUGAUAAUCCCGACGUGCUUCGAGCUUUCACGUGCGACAACGCGGUGGUGCGCAAGAUUUGGGACUUCUACCCUUUCCUGCCGUCCAAACUGUGAAAGGAGGACGGGAGAUAAUCCAAAGCGCUAAAGCACGAUCCAAGUUCUAAGUUUGCUCAAUUAAUUGCAUGGACUCUUGCCAGGACUCUUUGCUGUUCAGUCCGCGUUUCUUUGUACGUACCGCGACUCAUAUCUCGCCGACAAACAUAUCGGACCAUUCGUAUUGCGGAAUGUUUGUCACUGAGUCACGCUGGACCUGCCGAUUUCAGGCUCCACGCACCGCGAACAUAAUCUCGCGUUGAAUAUCGUUGGAUAACGUACGCCAUUGACCGAGUUUAACGCAAAGAGAAAGUUUUUCGUGACGUCAAAUGCAGCGAUCAACGCGCGCAAACCGAUACGAGUCAACGAUCUCUCGGUGUCCGCUUCGCCGAUAAAUAAUAUUCACAUACGUCAUCGCUUUUAGAAUCUUCAAACGAUGCUCAAUGCUGGUAUAUAUACUUUGCGAGAGCUUCAUUUAUAUUAUUUAAAAAAAACCAUGAUUCGUAUGACAUUCCUUUUCAGAUAUACAUUGUGGAGCUGUGACUACGAAAUAAUCUUGUCCGAUCUAAAAAUAAGUCGCUAUUCGCCUCACGUAUGGUGUUCUAAUCUUCUUCCGAAGAUCAACGCAAAUAUCUAAGCUAUUUAAAAAAUAUUUAACAAAUGCUAAUUCAUUUAAAAAUUGAUGCAACAACAAAUCAAAUAUAUGUUAAGCAUGCCAAAAUGUCAUGAUAACACUUCUAAUUCAGAUUUUUAUUUUUAUAUCGUUACGAUACCAGACUUCAUUAUAGAUUAAUAUCUAAAUGAGCUUCACGAUAGAAUAUCACGAAAAAUUUAUGCAAGGAUAAUUUAUAUUAGCCAUCCUGAGAGAAAUUGAGAGAUCGGAUAAAGAUCUUCAAGAAAUUGAAUUGAAUACGAUGUUGAAUUGUUAUUCAUGUUUAUUUCACUUUCUUUAAAAUUAGGUAUAGCUAAAUGACGCGGUCACAAUAUAUUGCCUUAUACACUGCACUCGAUGCUUACAAAAGAAUCACACGGUCAGACGAUCGCAGGUAACGUUCGUGGGGAGGGGGGGGGGAGAUGUGGAGUGCAGGGUGACGGACAGUCGGAGAAAUGGUAAAAAGCAAUUGCAAUUGACAGAGAGACUCGUGUACAACGCCGUUCCACGCACACCGUUCCGUAUAUACAAGUUCGAACGAAUUUACGCUAGAAAAUAAAUUAACGUUGUAUCACUAUUAAUUUUGCUCGCUCCUGGUGAGGGUGAGAGGGGAGAAUUUCCCUCCCUCCUCUAAUGCACGUAGGAAAACGGUAAUCUACGUUACAACCUCGUGAAACGCGUCUUCGAGAGUGACAACAGCGGACGCUUCUAUAUGAUUGUUGAUUUACGUUAUUCCUUUUUUUAUUUCUUCUCCGCGCGGGAUGAACGCGCAAAAAAACGCGGGCAGCGCAGGAGCAAGUGUCCUAAGACUUGCCAGUUGUACGAAUUUAAUUACGAUACGAAGAUACGUAAUAUAUUGAUAAAUAUAUAUAUAUAAUAUGUAUAUAUUAAGAUAUAUAAAUAGUACGAUCCUUUACACUAGAAUUACAGAUCAUGUAUAUAUACAUCAUGGAUGGAGUCUUCAUAAUUAUUGGAGCAUUCGAAGAGUUUCUCUUUUUUUUUUCCUUUCCUUAAAGUCUAAAAAUUCUUCUCCGCGCGAGACGUUUAACUUUAAUGACUCCUAUUGUCCCUUAAUCGAUCUAAUGAUUUUUCGAUGCAAAAGUAAGAAAAUAGCGAGUGUGUCCGGCUUCGCCGUUUUGCGCUUGUCGCUUCGCGCGCAACGGAGGGGGAAGGGGACUUUCGGGCGAUACGACGUCGUCCACUUUGAUGAAAAAGGACGGAGAAACGAUAAGCAGGUUUCAGAAGUUAAAUCUAAGUGUUUUGUCUUGUGUCGUCUUACUAGGAAUCCACGGUCGGCACGCCAACCUUGCAGUUUCUCAAUACAAAACAAUAGCACUUUAUCGACGGGGGAUGAUACUGCGCGAUGACGAUCGCACCAUACAGGGCAUUCUAAAAAUCGCAUACGUUCGUCAAGGCAUUUAAAAGUGAAUUGAUUUUUGUUUAUUACUAUUUUUUUUCCCACUCUGAUUUUAUGCCUAGGUACAAAAAAAAAAGAAUGAAGAGUACGGCGGUAAUUAAAUCUGCGAUCGGGGGGAGGAAGUAUGCGAAUCCUAGAAUGACCUACGUCUUGUACUUUGAGAUAAAUGCAUAACAUGCGCCAAAAGGAACACACUAUUUUUCACAGUGCGGCAAAAAUUCACUCGACAUUUCAACGUCUAUAAUAAGUACAAAACUAAUUGCGUGAAGAAUUAAUGUACGCUAAACCCCUAAUCAUCCUUCGAGAACUUGCCCCUAAGUAAAGCGAACUAAAAGCUAACAAUUGGAGAUUCCGCGAGAUUUCUUCCAGCGUUCCGCGAUCACAAUUUGGGCAUCGACGCCAACUAUCACAUGGAGACAUCCGAAAGCAUCCGUAUUU